GGAAAAGAAAUCAACCACGCCUCUCAUAGAUUCAAAUCAACGAGGGACCUAAAGAAGCAGACUACUGCAAAGGAAUUGAACAUGUCAAGAAAAUUCAUCUUCUGUGUAGCUGCGUGCUUUAUUCUGACCUCGGUGUAUGCUGCACGGAGAAGUCUGAACUCCAUCACUGAUCUGAUUGACUGCCACCUUUCUGAGCACACAAACAUUUUAGAGCUGCUACACUGGUUUGCCCAUGAAGUCGACAUUGAUCACCACAUCCGCCUUACCUUUGACCCUGCCUCUGAUUAUGGCUCACAUCAUUAUGGAAAUUUUGAAGACAUGCUAGAUCAACUGCCUUGGGGGUAUCAAUACUAUACAAUUGGUAAUCUUUAUGAAGACGAUUCCGACUCGCUUCCAUCCUAUGUAAGAAAUCCCCACAGGAGGAAUAUUGAUGACAACAACAAAGCUCGGAUCAUAAUCAGAGUGGAAGAAGGACACUCGGGACCUCGCCCUGGACAGAUAAUAGACCAGGUGUACAUCACUCAGCACUUUGAUACAUCUGACGAAGGAACAAAUUAUGAUCCAGAUCAUACAUACAGAAUCACACCCAGCCUUUUACACGCAAUAAGACGGAGAAACAUUACUGAAAUUCAACAACUUGCCAGAAGGUCCUAUAGAGAGAAUGCUUCUGCCCGUCCACAAGGACAUCCCACUUCAUAUAGCCAACAAGCUCGAUAUAAGCCAAGUGCAAAAAACAAUGAUGACUUCCUGAUGAAAUUCUGCUUUGCCAUUUUUGUGAUCAUUAUUUUUGCUUUGUUCGCAUGUCUUCAGAACAACUUCAAAUAAGACAAUAUUUCCAGACACUCAGCAGAACUGUAAAUGGGAUGUUUUGCAAAGGGAAAAAAGGCAGAAAAUCCUAAAUCCAAAUAAAGAAAAGUGUGUGUAUAUGUGUCAUUUUUAGAAUUUGGCUGCAGAACUAUAUUUAUGAUAAAGGAAUCAGUGCAAAUUUUAUAUAAAUGUGCUGUAAAUGUAAUUACUAGCUUUUAAAGAAUUUGUGUGAAAUGUUGCAAUAUGUUGCGCAAUUUAAAAUUUCCGCUUUCAUAUUUUGCACAAUAGUUUCAGAGGCUCUUCUCUUAAGAAUUUGUAUGAGGAUUUGCAAACCUGUAUUAAAAUUAUUUUUUAAAUCUGAAGAAAUCACUACGACUUUCUGGAUUUUACUACAUUUUUCAAGGCAGUUAAGGUAAUGAGAUACAACCAGUAAGGCAAGACUAAUCAAGCCACUGAAUAUGUUUACCUUCUGCAGUAAAUUCCCAGAAGAGUAAUACUGGUUGGAACACCACCUGGAUCAUAACGAGAGACUAUUCAAAAUAUAACAACUUUGUUUGUUUCCAAAAAAAUAACAAAAUCAGAAUGGAGAAAAUAUUCCAGGAAAACAACUUGUACAACAAGAAGCUUGAUAUAAGUUGUAUAUUUUGUAUAAGAGGUAUUUUAUGACAAGCUUAGCGUAUCCAUGAUCAUGUUCUACAUAACAUGAAAAAAUAGAGUUGGUGGUGAUGUUAAGAAUGCAACAUACAAACUAAUUACAUCCAGUUUUACAAGAUUUAAGAAACUCUCCUGCACAACUUUGCAAAGUAAAUACUAUUACUUAAGUACUUGCCUAAGUUUUAUAUGAAAGUUUUUACAAUUUUCUAUUCCUGACAAAUUCAACAGUUGACUAAAGGUAUCCAAGAAAAGUAAAUGUUAAUCUUUAUAGGGCACCAGAGCUUACAUGAGGACAGAUUACAUUAAUAAUAUAGACAGCAAUAUGAUUAAACACUUACUCAAAUUCUGACACUUACUGUGCAAUUUGUUAUUUGGAAAGAUUUGGUUAAAUUUUUUUCCAAAGCAGAAUCACAUCUUAUGCAUUUAAACAUAUUUUUUACCUCGUUUUUUAUUCAAAAACACAAAUGAGGAUCAGCUGUUUGUGCUGCAAGCAAAUAUGAAAUGGUGUUUAUAUGGUGUUUGCAGCUGAGUAAGCUGUAAGGUGAGUAAGGUGUGCUCACUAACAAUGCAUGUGUGUAAAAUCAGCAUUUAUAAAUGAAGGCAGUGAUAUUACGACAUUGUUUAGAAGGGAUAAUAAUAAAGUUAUUUUUAGAAGUUAAAAAUUCCUCUGCAUGGCAAUCGUCUACCGCAACUCAAAACAGAACAGAGGGAGGAUCAGAGAUUUACAAUAAAAGCAAUUUGUACUAGUGGUGUAAUAACAUACGUAGGUAGUCCUCUGGCUAUUUUUUAAAAGAACUGUAUAAGAACUGCCUCAGGUAUCAACCACUGGUUCCCAAUUGGAUAUAAUUAUAUAAAAAUAUAUUCUGUCUAUUAUGGACAAUAAACAGCACCCUCUCCACCACAUAGUGGA